UUUCAUUCGUCUGCUGGGUCGGGGGGGCGGGGUGGGGAUCGAGAAGCGCUCCGCCGUGGCGGCCGGGACGGCGGAUCAGAGAGAUGAUCACCCGCUCCAAGCUCGUCGAGCAGCUGCGCGAAUACCAGAUCCGAUCCCAGCACAAGUGGGGCGCCCUCACGGCCUUCUCCUCCAAGCCCCAGAUCACCACCAGACGGGAUGCUGCGUUGGCUCUUACAUGUGCUGUAGUAUUUGUCUUGCUCAUAGUGUCUUGUUAUGCAGCACUUUACUUCAGAUACUUCAAGGUUUCAGCUGUUUUUGUAUGCCUCGGAAUUCUUCUUCCGACAUGCCUUAAGAUUUCUAGGCAUCGAUGGGUUGCGAGGAAAAGGGAGAGAAGAAUGUUGUUACCUUUGUCCAUGUGAAUAUUAUUGGGGUUCUAUAACUUUUCUGGCAGAUAACCUGCCUAAUUUGUUAAGAGAUGAAUUUGGCUUAAUUAUCUAUCUAAGAGAUCACCCAUUAAAGAUCUAACAUUGGUUGCUGAUGCCCUCAUGAUAUUCCCAACAUUUCCCAGACUAAUCAUGGUAUGCCAUUUCUCUUUGUUCUAUAUCAAAGGAUACUUCUUUUA